AUGCGCAUCGUCCUCCUACGAGUGAUGGCAAGCAGCAAUUCAUCCUCUGAUCUGGAUCCUACAUAUGAAGUCGAUGAAUAUGCGGGACGCGCAAGGGGAAGGCCGAGGGGAAGGCGAGGAGGGACCUCGUCGCAUCGGGGUCAAGCUGGGUCCAGACGCGACAAUAUCCCCCACAGCAACGGGGAGAUCACGUCCAAGGCACAAAUCACGUCCAAAUUGAAGGCUGUUCGGACGAAGUACAGAAAAGCGGUGGACACGGGGAAGCGAAGUGGCCAAGGACGUGUUGUGUUCAUAUUCUUCGAGCUGUGCCAACAAGUUUGGGGAGGGUCACCGGCCACUGAGACCAUCGCAGGCGGGCUGGAGACGGCGGAUUGCGAAGAUGAUGAUCCCGCCAUUACCCGUAGCUCAACCUCUCUCUCCGAAAGCCAAGAAAAUGUGGAGAAUGACAAUAGCGGUUCGUCUUCUGGGGUGGUCAACUCGAGACGAAAUAUGCUCCAAGCGAAGCUGGAUGGUCACAGGAGAGAGAAGUUGAAGAGAAAACUGCACUCUGAUUCGUUUGUGGAAGAGGACCUCCGUAUCAAACGGAGAAUGUUGGAGUUGGCCGAGGUGGCAGAGAUUAACAGUAAACUGCAAAUGGCUGAGCUAACAAGCGAGAUGAGGAAGUUACAUGGCUCCAUUUCUGAAGGGUUGUCGAUAUUGAGACAGUUAACCCCACAGUCGCAGUUCAACUCGCCAUAUCCUCAUGGACAACUUGCCUAUGCAGAUGUGCACAGACUGCCCAGUGGGUUCAGUCCUCAUGGCUUCUCCACACCUGGCCCCAUGCACCAUCCCUCUGCAGUUUCCACCCCUAGACUCUCACCUUCCUUCCACAAUCCACAACAGGGACAAGGACCGUCGUAUCGGCGCAUGCUGAUGCGCGAGGACACAAUUGAGGAGCUGGACUUCACUUAUUAG